GUCCAUCACCCUCCUCCAUGGCGUCGCUGAUAUCUGCGACAGCCUGGGUCGCACGGGGCGUCGCCCAAAGACACCCAACUAAAUAUAAACUCGAUGAGGCAGAGCUUGAACGUGUCAGCAAGCUUGCCCGCAUCGAUAUCGAGGACGCGAGAAGGGAGCUGGCGAAAGCGAGUAAACAGGUGGAGCAGUGGGAUGCAGAGAAGACUGAUGGAGAUCUAAGUGAUGAGGACGAGGCUUGGGAAGAUGAGCCGCUCGAAGUCAAUGUCGCAGCCGACGAAGCGGACGACACAAAAAUGGAUGUUGAUGAGGUACCCACAGAUGCCAAUGACAUGUCAAUAUACCACCUGGAAGACUACGAUCAAGAGUCCAAGUCUGUUGCAGCAGGUCCAUUCAGCAAUAUCAAGGGACUUUCGUAUUACCCCGACAACGAGGAUGACCCCUACAUCACUCUGAAAGAGGAUCCGGAGGAAGACGAACGGCAAGAGCUCGAGGUCCUCCCAACGGACAAUGUGCUCGUUGUCGCCAAAACCGAAGACGAAAUUUCUCAACUUGAGAUCUAUAUUUAUGAGGAGACAACAGAAUCUCUCUACGUUCAUCACGACAUCAUGUUGCCCUCCUUCCCGCUCUGCCUCGAAUGGCUCGAGUUCCCCGUCGCCUCCUCUUCCACCUCAUCCUCCGACACUACAGUCAACCGAGGUAACUACAUUGCUGUCGGUACUAUGGAUCCUGAAAUCGAGAUCUGGAACUUGGAUACUCUCGAUUCCCUCUAUCCCGAUGCCUUGCUUGGGCGGCCUGAUAAAACCGCCGCACAUGUUCCGACACCGGUAGGGACAGGGAAAAAGAAGAAGAAGAAAAUGAAAGCAAGGACGACUUCCUCGGAUCAUCAUGUCGAUGCAGUGCUGUCCCUGUCCUGGAACAAAACACAUCGCCAAUUGCUGGCGAGCGCCUCGGCGGAUAGGACGGUCAAGCUGUGGGAUCUGAGCCGGCCAUCAACAGACCCGGCAAUACGCAGCUUAGAAGUGCACAAAGAUAAGGUGCAGGCUGUGGAGUGGAACCAACUAGAGCCAACCGUGAUUCUUACGGGAAGUUAUGAUCGCACGGUUAGGAUUUUCGACUCGCGGGCGCCAACAGCCGGCGUAGGUGCGAUCGUUGGUGCGGAUGUGGAGGCUCUCCGCUGGGACCCGUGGGACGCAAACCGGUUCUACGUCUCCCUGGAGAAUGGGAUUGUUUUAAAUUUCGAUGCUCGCACACUACCUACAGAUCUUUCGUCGCCAUCACCAGCACAAUUCACGCUGUCCGCACAUGACGGCGCUGUGUCUGCGCUAGACGUCAAUCCGCAUAUCCGGGGAUGCCUCGCGACAGGAGGGACAGACAAGAUGAUCAAAGUGUGGAACAUCAACGAGCCAGAAGAGGGCAAGAGGGAGAUCAGUCUGGUGACAAGUCGGGAGCUAGGUGUCGGCAAAGUCUUUUCUGUGACAUGGUCCCCAGAUGACCCCCUCACGCUGGCUGCCGCUGGAUCAAAAGCGAAGCUCCAGCUUUGGGAGGUUGGGUUGAACCCUGGUGUGCGCAAGACAUUCAGCCAGAAGCUAAAGGAUGCGGGCAGGGAGGUGAAGGACAAGGAGGGUGGAGGUGUGAUUGGUGUGGAUAGUGAGGGUGAGGAGAGCGGAGAGGAUGAGUAGAGCAUCUUAUGUGUUCAUGUGUAUAUCUACAUUGCAUCGUUGCAUUAAUAAUCUC